AAAUAGGGAGAAAUGGCGACGGAGCCAGGCUGUGGGUGAGUGAUUCCUGAAGGGGUGGAAGUGUGAGACAGUGGAUCACCGCAGUCAGCCGUCAUACAGCUCCCAAAGGGGUGUGAGGGAGGUUUUCUUCUCAUCCGGCUCCAGCCGGACUCGGAACGUCAGACAUCCACAUCUCCCACCCAGGUUAGAGGCCCGUCUUUGGAAAAAGAUCUGGGAAUGAUUGUCUAGCCUCAAGCCUCAACUUACUUGAAGCUUGAGAGACUCAAAGCCUCAUGGACAGCUGCCCUGCAAAAAAAGUAUUUUGACCUUGGCAUUUGGACAUCUCCCAUCUCCCCCAUGGCCCUGACAAUGCUGAAUGGGCUCCUGAUUAAGGACUCAAGCCCACCUAUGCUGCUGCACCAGGUUAAUAAGACUGCCCAGUUAGAUACCUUCAACUACCAGAGCUGCUUUAUGCAGAGUAUCUUUGACCAUUUCCCUGAGAUCUUAUUUAUCCACCGGACCUAUAACCCAAGGGGUAAGGUCUUAUAUACCUUCCUGGUGGAUGGACCUCGGGUGCAGCUGGAGGGUCAUCUUGCCCGAGCAGUCUACUUUGCCAUCCCUGCCAAGGAGGACACUGAAGGCCUGGCCCAGAUGUUUCAGGUAUUCAAGAAGUUUAACCCAGCAUGGGAGAGAGUCUGUACCAUCCUGGUGGAUCCCCAUUUCCUUCCACUGCCCACCCUAGCCAUGGAGUUCCCCGCAGCUGAGGUCCUGCUCUCAGCCUUCCACAUUUGUAAGUUCCUCCAGGCCAAGUUCUAUCAGCUGUCCCUUGAACGACCCAUGGAAAGGCUGCUCCUGACCUCCCUGCAGAGCACAAUGUGCUCAGCCACAGCAGGCAACCUGAGAAAGUUGUACACACUUCUGAGCAACUGCAUCCCCCCAGCCAAGCUGCCCGAGCUUCACUCACACUGGCUGCUCAACGACCGCAUCUGGCUGGCUCACCGCUGGAGAAGCCGAGCUGAGAGCAGCCGCUACUUCCAGAGCCUCGAGGUCACCACCCGCAUCCUCAGCCAGUUCUUUGGCACCACCCCAUCUGAGAAACAAGGUAUGGCUUCUCUGUUCCGUUACAUGCAGCAGAACUCUGCAGACAUGGCAAACUUCAACCAGGGCCUGUGUGCCCAGAACAAUCAUGCCCCCUCAGACACCAUCCCCGAAAGCCCCAAAGUGGAGCAGCUGGUAGAAUCCCAUAUCCAGCACUCCCUUAAUGCCAUCUGCACAGGGCCAGCAGCCCAACUCUGCCUGGGCGAGCUUGCUGUGGUCCAGAAAUCCACACACCUCAUUGGCUCUGGCUCAGAAAAGAUGAACAUACAGAUCCUGGAAGAUACCCACAAGGUGCAGCCCCAGCCCCCUGCCAGUUGCAGCUGCUACUUUAACCAGGCCUUCCACCUGCCCUGCCGCCACAUCCUAGCCAUGCUCAGCGCCCGCCGCCAGGUGCUCCAGCCCGACAUGCUGCCGGCUCAGUGGACGGCAGGCUGUGCCACCAGUCUAGACAGCAUCCUGGGCAGCAAGUGGAGUGAGACCCUGGAUAAGCACCUGGCAGUGACUCACCUCACUGAGGAGGUGGGUCAGCUGUUGCAGCACUGCAGCAAGGAGGAGUUUGAGCGGAGGUACAGCACCCUGCGGGAACUGGCUGACAGCUGGAUUGGGCCUUAUGAGCAGGUCCAACUCUGAUUAUUCUCGAUGCCCAGAGAUGCUCAAGCACCUGUGCACACUGCACACUCACAUCCAUCUGUACACACACACACACACACAUAUACACACACACUCUCUCUCUCUCUCUCUCUCACUUAUACUGUUGUAUUUCCGU